AUGGAAUUCCUGUUUCCUGGAGAUCAAUUACUUAAACCCGUCAAAAGUGGUCGAUUGAAUUCGCCAUUACGUACAAUUAGUCCUUUAUUGAAGGAAAAUAUUAAUACUCGAUCAAUAUCACCACUUCGACCUAAUAUUACAGUUACACAUGCUGAUGAAAAUUAUACUAAUCAUAGUACUGGUACAACUACAAUACGGUCAAGAGAUACUUCAAGAGAACGUGAAAGAGAACGGUUGGAUUAUACUGAUCUUGAAGUAAUGGCCAAAUUACAACUUGAGAAUUUACGUCAAGCUGAGCGACAAGGUCCAUUGUUUAAACGUUUUGCUGAUACACCAAUAACUCGCCAAAGUUCUGUAAUAAAUGAACCAUCUCGUAAUAAUCAAAAAUUAAGUGAGAUAGAACUUUGGACUGAAUAUUAUCGUGUUGGUACAAUGGAUGCAUUUCAAUUGUUUCAUAAACAACAAUUUGAACAAGCUUUUGUUGAAUUUAAUGAUUUUUUAACUGAUCCAGCUGAUGUUAUAUCAUUAUUUGCACCAUUAUCAGCUGAUGUAUGGUUAACAAAAUCAUAUAAUGAAUUAAAUACAUUUGUUAAACAACAUCGACAUUUUGCUGAACCAAAUGAUUUUGUUGGAGUUAAAUUUGAAAGUGCUUUACAUGAAUUACAACGUUAUUUAACUGAUUUACGUCGAAUAUUCCAAACAGUUUUUCGACGUUCACCAGAUAGUUGGCUUGAAGUUCAGUCACUUGUUCGAAAUCAACUUAUAUUAAAACCUGUUCGUGAUUUAUUAAUUAUUGUUGAAACAGCUUUACUUAAAUCUUAUUUAAUCGAUAAUAAUAAUAUAUUAGCUAAUGCAUUAUUACGUAAUCAAGAUAAUUGUUGUUUACCAUCGGAAGUUGAAAAAGAACUUAAAAAACAUCAUCGUCGUCAAGAAUUAGUUUCAUUUUAUGAAAAACAAAAUCGACAUAGUGAAGCAUUAGAAUUAAUUACAAAUACAGAAACAUUAUCAACACGUGAAAAUAUUCUUAAUUAUUUAUCAAAGCUUGAUGAUAAUCAAUUAACAUUAAUUUUUAAAUAUAUUGAACCAAUGAUAAAAUCAGCUUUAGAAGAAAAAAAUAAUGAAAAUAUUCUUCAUGAUAUAUUAAUAUUAUUUGUUGGAGAAUCAACACCAAUAUCACCAUCAUCAAUGGAUAUGUCAAAUAUAGGAACAAUUAAACUUAAUCCGAUUGAAGUAUAUGGAUUUUUAAAAGAUAUUAAUCAAGAUUUCGCAAUAAAAUAUUUAGAAACUAUUUGUUUAAAACCAGAACUUGGUUCUAAACAACGUGAUAUUCAUAAUCGUCUUGUUUAUGCAUAUUGUGAUCGUAUUAAACAAUUAUCUAAUGAAUUUAAACCAAUGAUUAAAGCUAAACAACAAAAAGUUAAAAGUGAUCAACAACAAAUUUAUGAAGACAAUGAUGUAAUUGCAACUCAAUCAUCAUUAUCUGGUCCAUCAUCAUCAGUUAGUAGUGACAAUUAUUCUGCAAUAUCUUCAAUAAAAAAACAGAAAACUGAAUAUGAAAAUAAAUUAAAAUUCUUUUUACUUAAUCAGAAUUGUCAAUGUGAUUGUGAUAAAUUAGAAGCAUAUUUUCUUCAAGAACAAAAUGAUGCAUCAAAUGAACAUUUAUUUAGUUUACAUUAUGCUAUUGUACUUGGUAAAUUAGGUCGACAUGAAUUAGCACUUGAAACAUUUGUAAAAAAUGGUUUUUAUACAGAUGCUGAACGUUAUUGUGAAACUAUUUAUUCCAAUGGUAAUCUCCAAUUAGCACAUGAUCUUUAUCGUCGUUUAAUUGAAUUUUAUUUAAAAAAAAGUAAUGAUGGAAAUUUAAAUGAAAAUAGUUUAAAAACAAUUUUACGUAUUGUUAAUAAUGCAUCCGAACGUCUUGAUCCAGUACAAACAUUAGAAAUUUUACCAGGUCUAUUAAAAUUAAAUAAUUUAAAAGAUUUUAUUGAACAUGCAUUACAAACAUGUUCAACAAAUAAACGUAGUUCACAAUUAGAACGUAAUUUACUUUUUUUAAAAUUACUUCGUACACAAUCAAAUCGUAUAUCAAGUGAGAAUCAUUCGUUUAUAAUUGAUGCUGAUUCAACAUGUGCUCGAACAGAAUGUACACAACCAUUUACAGCAACACAAGCUGUUAUGGAUUUUGAUGAAUUUAUUGAAUCUUUGGAAAGUUUACCAAUUGAUUUAAGUCGUAAUCUUCGACUAUUACGAGAACUUGAUGAUAAAAGUUUAUCGUUAAAAUCAGAAUGUUCAACAAUUGCAACAAAAUAUCAACAAACAAAAUCUCAUGAUGAAAAAUAUAACUUGAUUCAAAUAUUAAAUGAUUUACAAUCUCGACGUUUAUUACAUGCCAACGAAAAAAUAACAUUAGCUAAUCAAGCAUAUGAAAUGGUUGAAAAACAUAUUCGUCGUUUAGAUGAUGUACUUGAAGAGUUAGCAGCACAGCCACAAAUAAAUACAACUAGUAAUCGAAAGAAAAAACGAACAAUAUCAACAAAUGAUGAUAUAAAUUCAAAUAAAAAACGACGUAAAUUAGAUAAACCAUUAAAUCAAGUACAAAAUAAAACUUCUAUUAAAAAGAAAGACCAACAGGAAUUAACCAAAGUUGAACCUGUUGGUUUAGAUUUAUUUCCAAUUGAUCCAUAUGAACCACGAUAUUGUAUAUGUAAUCAAGUAUCAUUUGGACGUAUGAUUGCAUGUGAUAAUCCACAUUGUCAAAUAGAAUGGUUUCAUUUUGCAUGUGUUAAACUUGAAGAAGAACCUAAAGGAAAAUGGUUUUGUGAGAAAUGUCGAUCAAUAUCAAAUUAA